AUGCAGCAGCAGACGAUGCGCGCGGUGGUGUUCCGCGGUCCUUAUAAGGUGGCCAUCGAGGAGCGGCCGGUGCCUCGGGUCCAGGAGAAGGGGGAUAUCGUGGUUAAGGUCAAUUAUACGGCGUUAUGUGGGAGUGAUCUCCAUGUUUACCGCGGGAUUGAGCCGUCUGAAGAAGGAGUGGUCAUGGGGCAUGAGGUUACAGGGACGGUUGUUGAGGUUGGAGAUGAUGUGCGCUCGGUGAAGAAAGGUGAUUUGGUUGUGAGUGCUUUUACAACAUCUUGCGGCAAGUGCUGGUACUGCAGUCAAGGUUACUCUUCGCGGUGCGAACACAACGUUCUGCUUGGAUGUGAUGCUCUAGACGGCGCUCAGGCCGAAUUCGUGAGUCUGAACAUGUUACAACAGAUUAGAAUUCCCAAUGCGGAUGGCACGGUGGUCAAAAACCCCGAAGGCGUCGACGACAAGCUCCUGGUUCUCAUGGCCGAUAUAUUCCCCACGGGUUACUUUGCGGCGCGAAAUGCUUUCAAGGCUAGCACACCAGAGCAGAUUGCAGAACAGACGGUCGUCCUCAUCGGCUGCGGGCCAGUCGGACUGUGCGCUCUGAUCAAUGCCCUCGAGUACAAGCCGAAGCACCUUUUGGCGGUGGACUCCAUCCCCACGCGACUCGAGCUCGCCAAGUCGCUCGGAGCCGAGCCUUGGAACUUCCAGACGGACCGGGAAGGUCUGGACAAGCGCGUCAAAGAGCUGACGGACGGGCGCGGCGCAGACGCAGUCAUCGAGGUGGUGGGCUUGAGCCCGGCAUUGAAGACCGGAUACGAUUUGUUGCGGCCGUUUGGUACGAUCAGCAGUGUUGGCGUGCACAAUGGCGAGAUUCCAUGGAAUGGCAGUGAAGCUUAUGGCAAGAACCUGACGGUCCACAUGGGACGGUGCCCUGUGCGUUCAGUCUCCGAGAAAGCUCUGCAAGUUCUGAAAAAGAACCAACAUCUCCUUGGCUUCAUGGCCGACAAGAUUAUGCCCCUUACGCAAGCGGUUGAGGCCUAUGAGCUCUUCAAUGCGAUGAAGGUACAGAAGGUGAUCUUCGAGGCCGACAAAUAG